AUUAUAUUAAAAUGUUAGACCAAAAGAGGGAAUCACAGUCUUCCGAUCUGCGUUUGGUGGUGUUGAAAAGCGCCAGUUUGCUCCUGAUAUUUUUUCUGGUGCUUGACUUGGAUCAUGUCUAAUCCCAGCAGUACGCCGGCGGAAUCUCCUCUUGCUGCCGCGUCGGGGCAGCCGUAUCGGACGGCAUUUCACUUCCAGCCUCCACAAAACUGGAUGAACGAUCCUAAUGGACAAAUGUGGUACAAUGGAGUAUACCACUUCUUUUAUCAACACAACCCUUUCGGCCCAUUCUUCAACAUACGAAUGCAUUGGGGACAUUCUGUAUCACACGACUUGAUAAACUGGAUCCAUCUGGACUCAGCCUUCACUCCAAUCGACCCCUUUGACAUCAAUGGCUGCUGGUCUGGCUCCGCCACCAUCCUCCCCGGAAACAAACCUAUCAUGCUAUACACCGGAAUCGACUCUGAAAACCGCCAGGUCCAGAAUUUGGCCGUCCCAAAGGACUUAUCCGAUCCAUAUCUCAAAGAAUGGGUGAAGCACGCCGGCAAUCCAGUCAUAAGCCUGCCGGAAGGGAUUCAACACGAUGACUUCAGAGACCCGACCACCACCUGGCUCCAAGAAGAUGGGAAAUGGAGAUUACUUGUCGGAAGUCAGAAAGAUAAGACGGGAAUCGCUUUUCUUUACCACUCCGACGAUCUUGUUAAUUGGAGUAAACAUGAUUCCCCACUUCAUCAAGUUCCAGGAACUGGAAUAUGGGAAUGCCCUGAUUUCUUUCCGGUGUGGGUUGAUAGCACGAAUGGGGUCGAUACAUCUGUCAUAAACCCUAGUAACGAGGUAAAGCAUGUGUUGAAGGUGGGAUUACAAGAUCAAUUUAAAGACUACUACGUGAUUGGGAAUUACAGUCCUGAGAAAGAACACUAUGUUCCUGAAGACGAAUUAACACUCAGCAGUUUAAGGCUUGAUUACGGGAGGUACUACGCUUCCAAAUCGUUCUUCGAUCCUGUGAAAAAGCGAAGGAUAAUUAUGGGUUGGGUACACGAGACUGAUUCUGAAGCUGAUGCUAUCGCUAAAGGAUGGGCCGGAGUUCAAUCAUUUCCGAGGAGUAUUUGGCUCGACAAAAACCAGAAGCAGCUCCUACAAUGGCCUAUCGAGGAAAUCGAGAUGUUACAUGAGAACAAAGUUAGUUUUCAAAACAAAAAGCUUGAAGGUGGUUCAUUACAUGAAAUUCAGGGUAUCACUGCUUCUCAGGCUGAUGUGAAGAUCUCGUUCAAAUUAAGUAAUUUGGAAGAAGUCGAAGAACUGGACCCGAGUUGGGAUGAUCCACAGCUUAUCUGCACCGAAAGUGAUGCAUCAAAGAAAGGCAAAUUCGGACCAUUUGGGAUUUUAGUUUUGGCUUCCAACGACUUGACCGAACAAACUGCAAUCUUCUUUAGGGUUUUUCAAAAGAAGGGACGAUACGUUGUGGCAAUGUGCAGUGAUCAAAGCCAGUCUUCUACGAAGAAUGGAAUUGACAAAACGUCGUAUGGAGCAUUUGUGGACAUAGAUCCUCAACAAGAUGAAAUUUCACUCAGAACCUUGAUAGAUCACUCAAUCGUUGAGAGCUUUGGGGGAGGAGGAAAGACUUGUAUAACAGCUAGGGUUUACCCGACAUUGGCCAUUGGAGAAGAUGCCCGACUGUUCGCCUUCAACUACGGAACAGAAAGUGUAGUGAUCUCUGAGUUGAGUGCAUGGAGUUUGAAGAAAGCUCGACUGAACAAAGAAAAACCAUAAGGUGUAUGAGAUCGAUAAUAUUACAAUGAUACAUACAUGAAGGGAUCAUAACCAUGGAGACCGACUUAAUUUGUAAAACUAUGAUAUGUAUUCGUAAAAACGGUUUUUUAACAACAUUUAAAUAAAAAAGGGAUAUUUGUUUGUUUAGAA